CCUAUCGAGUGAGUUCCUCUGCAAAGAUGAAGUUAGUUUACUUUUACUUGCUGAGCUCAAUUGUAUCAGCUUUUCCUAACGCUGGGGCAGUGGAAGAUAAAACAGAGGAAACAAAAGAUGAAAAAUUUGCUGCUGCUUGUCCUGUGAGGCUGGAAGCAAGUGAACAGUGUAAGGAAGGAGAAGAGUGUUCUUACCAGAUGAACCUGCCUUCCCUGACCAUCCAGCUACCCAGGUCAUUUAGCAUGAUUGAACAGGUAUUCAAAGAAGUUCAGAAUCUCAAGGAAACUGUAAAUAAUCUGAAAAAAUCUUGCCAAGAAUGCAAACUGCAAGCUGAUGACAACCAAGAAUUGGGAAGAAAUGAACCACUGCAGCCUAACACAAAAGCUCCUGAAAAGGAGAGUGAAAACAGAAUUAAGGAAUUAGAGAGUGAUGUUAACAGACUGUUUUCCAAUCUGAAGGAUGCAAAAGAUGAAAUUAACUCACUUCAUGGUCGCCUGGAGAAUCUCAACCUGGUAAACAUGAACAACAUAGAAAAUUAUGUCGACAGCAAAGUGGCUAAUCUGACGUCUGUGGUGAACAGUUUGGAUGGUCAGUGUUCAUUUAGGUGUUCAAACCAGUCGGGACAGCAAUCUAUUUCUGCUCCUAUUCAACAACACCUAAUAUACAAAGACUGUUGGGAUUAUUAUGGGAAAGGCAUAAAGAGCAAUGGAAUCUACAAAGUUACACCUGAUCCAAGAAAUAAGAGCUUUGACGUUUACUGUGACAUGGAAACCAUGGGUGGAGGAUGGACAGUAAUACAGAAGCGUCUGGAUGGAAGUACUAACUUCAACAGAACAUGGGAGGACUACAAAAAAGGCUUUGGAAACCUUAGCAGGGAGUUCUGGUUAGGUAAUGAUAACAUCCACCUUCUGACCAAGAGUAAGGAAAUGGUCCUUAGAAUUGAUCUUGAAGAUUUUAAUGGUGUCAAAUUAUAUGCUCUGUAUGAGCAGUUCUAUGUGGCCAAUGAAUAUCUCAAAUACCGUUUACAUUUUGGUAAUUAUAGUGGUACUGCUGGAAAUGCUCUGCAUUUCAACAGACAUUAUAACCAUGACCUUAAAUUUUUCACUACCCCAGACAAAGACCAUGACAGGUAUCCCUCUGGAAACUGUGGACUUUACUACAGUUCUGGUUGGUGGUUUGAUGCAUGCUUGUCUGCAAACUUAAAUGGCAAAUACUACCACCAAAAAUACAAGGGUGUCUUCAAUGGCAUUUACUGGGGCACCUGGCCUGGCAUGAGUAGUGGUGAACCAAAUGGCUUUAAACAUUCUUUCAAGAGGGCGAAAAUGAUGAUUAGACCAAAACUCCUUGCAUCAUAAGUUACUACUCAUUCUAAUUUCAUCUAGUUAUUUUCCUUAGCAUUUUCCCUUUCCAUCCCUCCCUUCUUCUCCCAUUCUCAUCACUUCCCUUCCCUUUUGCAAUACAUGCCUUCCACAUAGAAUUUGAUGUUUUCUCCCAGUGAAUCUUAAAACAAUCUUUCCAUAACCAAAAAAUAUCUCAAUCUGAUGAGUUUAAAGCAGACGUAAUAUUUUAAAUAAGAUAAACGACAGUAUUAAUGUCUUGUGAGAGUCUUAAAUUGUUUUGUUGUUGCUACUAUCCAAAUGUACAUUUGGAAACAGUGGUGUUUAUAUUUUAAUUCAAUUAUAUUUCCAAUCCUAUUAAUCAAAAAAUUUUCAACUGAAAUAUCCCUUUUGUAGAGAUAUGGCAUUUGUUAGCUAUAUUUUUGACAAAAAAAACCAAUUUCUUCAUCCAAAUGGCCUGUUUUAACACAAGUAAGCUAUGCCUGGGUAUAAGUUAGACACUUCUGGUGCACAAACUCUUUCAAGUCAUAAGUUACACUGUUACAAAACUGAAUAAACUGUGAUUCUGCUACUCUUUUGGUUUCCCUAUGUGUCUAACACAUAUCCUGGAAUUUUCUCACUUAAAUAAGGCCUGACUCUAUAUCUAUUAUAUAUCCUCAGAUAAUAAUUACUAUGCAGCCUUAUGGACCAGGCAUUUCUAUACAUUCUUAUGAAAGAACAUUCAUAUUGUUAUCUGAAAAUAUCUCAAAAUUUUUUAGAAUUUGCAAGCCAUAAAAGCAGUUGGAAAUAUUGCUUGACAACCACUGUUUAAAGACAAUCUGUUUACUGUUCAUAAACUUGUCAGAUGCUUGAUACUAAAGACUGCUUUAAUAUAUAAAAAAGUCUUUCCUCUGUUCACUAUGCACAAUAGUUUCUUAUUUAUGGUUGCUCAUUUGUGCCAGACUACUGGUAGAAGGUUUUUUAGGGAAGGGGAAAAUGAAGUAUUUGUUUGCAAGUCAAAAUACUCUGAAGGUCAAUUUUCUUUCUUUGUCACUUUCUAAUGAAAUGUUUUUCCACAUGGAAAAUUAAGUUUUCUAAAAUUAUUCCUAGUGUAUUUACCACAGACAGUUCAAAGUUGGAUUUUCUAAUUGUAACCUAUGUAUUAUUUGCCCAUGAUUAGUAUGUUUCUUUCAAAAAGAGAAAGAAAAACACAACCUCUUGAUUCUUUAGCAUUAACCAAUUAGUUCGUGACACAUACAUCAUACUGUAUGGAAUUUGUAAAAACAAAACAAAAAAACAAACAAACCGAACAGUAUGCCUAAUUUAGCUAUUGUAGAAAUUGCAUGUAUCUGAAAGGUCAACAAUGAUGUCCUAUGAAAUGUGCUGAGCACCCAAAAAAUGCUACAGUAACCCACUAUGUAUUAUAUUUGAAUCAGCCUAAACACAUUUGCUCUUAAACUUUUCAGUGAUUCUUUCUAAUCUGGUAGGAAAGUAUUCAAAUUAUGUUUAAUAAAGCUGCAUGCUGUGUUCAUUACUUUAUAAUUAUUUUGUUUCAUUGAAUAUGGUACAUAGUUGCUUCCAGUGACCACAACUUAUUUUCCAAAACAUUCAGCUCAUAGCUAUGUUAGCUAAAAUGGUAUAUAAAGUCACCACUUUAAGAAGGAAGAUGUUGUGUUUCAAAUUGUAUGAAAUACACAAACCAUCAAAUCAAUAUCCAGCUAAACAUGGGAAUCAUGUGUUUAACCACAAUGUUUCUGACACGUAAAAUUAAGAAAUUUUCAAAUGGGAAAUGAAGCUCAGCAAAGACCAAAUACAAACUAUUGGUGAAUGCUUCAAAGGAAGUAUGUCUACUUAAAAGGAUUUCAAACAUGUGUUUUGUAUUUUGCUUAAUCGUAUCUAUUUUUCACAUUAAAAAUGCCAAUAUUGUAAAACAGGUAACUUUGGCUUAAGAGUAAAAAAAUUACAUGUAUUUAUUUCAACAAGAAUAUAAAGUGCCUAAUAUAUGAAAGAAUUUACUAUAAAUGUUUGUUAUUGUACAUGAUGUCAAGUGAUAGAAGAUACCCCUAAGGUGAAACUAUCGUCAAAAAAUCUGCUUAUAUGCAUGGAAACCAUGUUGAUUUUAUGGGGGAUUCAGUGUCACACUUUAGAAUCUGGUAAUACAUAGAUUCGUUAGUAUAUAGAUAUUCAAGAAGUAUCUUCUUUUAACUCUUCUGUCAUUGGGCCAAAGUUGGGCCAAAGUCAUUGGGCACCUUCCAAACCUUCAAGGGUUUUUCUAUAUCUCUUUCUCACAAAAUUCCUCAGACUUAAUAUUUUGAAGACUUAAUAUUCUGGUUUUAUUCCAAUAUCAAGACUAUGAUCAUCUUAACUUUUGGUGAGAAUAAACUAAGCUAGAGCUGGCCAAAGUGAUGCCUUCUCCAGAGCACUGCAUCAUUGAAUGAGGCUUUUAGCUCCUUAGUUAUGCUAUAGUCACAAAUAUAGAUUGAGUUAACACUGAAUUCAAGGGGACUCUAUGACAGGAUGGGACCCUUAUUCUAAAGAGUUCACUUUAUUCUUCAAUUUAAAAAGCUUAAGCAGAUAUUUCCUGAAUUUUUGGUUGUGAGUGCAUAAUUUAAACUUAUAUCACUGAUACUAUACAUGGUACCACUAAAAAUUAACUUGGGCUAAUAUUCAUACAUAGGGAACAAGAAUAACCUAAUUCAUUAAUUAACUCCUUUGUGACUAUCAUGAAGGAAGAAUCAUUUGUUAGCAAUCUUAAUGACAUCUGCUAUUCCACAAAAAUAUUGACUAGAGUUAGACCCUUGGAAAUGCAAAAUAUGUGUAGAAGUCAUAUCUACCUGGAAAAAUGUGCAUUUUAGUGGCAAGAUUAAUGAAUAUAUUAAACUAAGGAAAUAUUAGUUAAAUAGACAGCACAAAUGUAAAAAAAGCCAAGCUAAAAUGUGAAUUUGCUAAUCAUUGUUCCAAGUUCUUGGAUAGCUACCCAAGUUCAGUCUUAGCUGUGAUAUAUAAUUUUAAGAUAAAGGUGAAAAAAAUCUGUGGGUAAAGUUGAUAAGAUUUUGUAAAUAUGAUUCUCAUUUUUUGUGUUUAAAAUGGUCUUAUGUCAUAUAUUUUAAAUUUUGUAAAAUAAAGGGUU